ACCUCAACUCGCAGACAGUUUUGCAGACAUACUCGUGGGCUAAUCAUGUGGGAAAUAAGUUUUUUUUUAACAGCAACUCUUUUUUUUAUUGUGACGUUACUUCUUUUCUAUUUGGGAUCACGAAAACCCCAAGGAUAUCCGCCAGGGCCACGAUGGUUGCCAAUUCUUGGAUCUGCUUUGGAAGUGAAGCGACUAAGAAAAGAAACUGGAUCCUUAGCUUUAACUUUCACAACACUAAGUCAGAAAUAUGGCCCUGUAGUUGGAUUAAAAAUUGGCAUCGAUCGAAUCGUUGUAUUGAAUAGUUUUGAAAGUAUGCGAUCGAUGUGUCUAAAUGAUGUCUGCGAUGGAAGACCCUUUGGUCCCGUUUAUGAAGUCAGAACCUUUGGCAAAAGACUCGGUCUCAUUCUUACGGAUGGAAAUUUAUGGAGCGAACAACGAAGAUUUGUAGUACGUCAUUUACGUGAAUUUGGUUUUGGAAAAACAAGUAUGGCAACUUUGGUCGAAGAGGAAGCACAGCAACUUGUUGAUUAUUUCAGAAAGCUCAUUCAAGGAACAUCCAAUUCACAAGACUCGUCAAGUGAUUAUAAUGCCUCCUAUAAUAAUAAUAAAAAAUCAAAAGACGGUCAAAUUUAUCAAUUAAUAGACGAAAUGGAAAUGAAAACAAAUGAAAAUGAAGAAAUAUUCAAACCAAUGAAAUUAGAGCAUGUUUAUGCAAAAGCCGAGGACUAUGAAGAAAUUCGAAGACUCUCACAACCAACAAGUGUUGUUGUUUCAAUGCACGAUGCUUUUGGUGUUCCUGUAUUAAAUACUCUUUGGCGAAUGAUGGCAGGCAGACGAUACAACACUGAUGAUAAACCAUUGAAACAUCUUUUGAGAAUUCUCAAUAAACUUCUUGGCGAAAUUGCAAUGAUUGGAAGUGCAUUUGGUCAUUUUCCAUUUUUAAGAUACAUCGCACCUGAAGCAAGUGGUUACAAAACAUUUUUAGAAACUCAUCAAGAAUUAUGGCACUUUAUAAAAGUCGAAUUGCAAAAUCACAAAGAAACAUUUAAUCCUGACUCUCCGAGAGAUUUAAUGGAUACCUAUUUACAAGUUUUGCAAUCCGAAAAGCCCAAUGAAUCAUUCUCAGAAUCUCAACUCCUGGCAAUAUGUGUCGAUUUAUUUAUGGCUGGAUCGGAAACCACAGCAAAAACAUUGGGAUUUUGUUUUUUACAUUUGGUUUUAAAUCCAGAUGUGCAAAAAAAAGCACAAGAUGAAAUAGAUUCAAUAACUGCUCGUAAGCGGUUACCAACAUUAAAUGAUAAAUCAAGAAUGACUUACGUUAAUGCAAUAGUAUACGAAUCCUUAAGAAUGUUUAUGGGACGAACGAUGAAUGUUCCACAUAGAGCAUUAGAGGAUACAUAUAUUUUGGGUCAUCGAAUUCCAAAGGAUACGAUGAUUGUCGUUAAUUUCAAUAAAGUUCUAAUGGAUUAUUUUUGGGACGAUUCUGAAGCAUUUCGUCCCGAGAGAUUUAUUGAUGAUCAAGGAAAAUUGACGAUACCGGAACAAUUUCUACCAUUUAGUUUUGGAAAACAUCGAUGUAUGGGUGAAGGUCUUGCGAAAAGUAACAUUUUCGUUAUGGUUGCAACGCUUUUAUCUCAAUUCACAUUCUCGGUUGUUCCCGGUGAAGAGAAGCCAAUAUCUAGUGAAUUUAUUGAUGGUGUCACUGCUGGACCAUUGCCAUACAGAGCGUUAGUGACAUUGCGAAAUUAAUUUUCUUUUGUAGUUAUUUUUUUUUGUUGUAUAAAUAAAUGUUAAUUUUUUUUUUCAUUUAAAAAUUUAAGAAUAUUCAAUUUUUAAUUUUCAAUUUUCAAUUUUCAAUUAAAAAUUAAAAAUUUUAAAUUAAAAUUAAAAAUUUUUACACUUAUAAAA